AUGGACGCAGCAGCCCCAAAGAAAUCAGCCCAAGUGGCUUUCCGCAUUCACCCUCUUUACCGCAUCUUCUUUCUCGUCCUUGAGCCCGUCUCUGCUCUCGUCGGCGCAUUCUUUACUCACUUCCGCCAAGGAACAUACCUAACUCUUCUCAACGCGGCUUCUGCGCCUACCGCAGCUCAAGCGGUACCAAAGGCUACAUCGGUCGCCAUGUCGCAGCUCGCCAACAUGUAUUUUUUCUUCGCGCUCAAUGAAGCGCUCGUGCUGCGAUCCACGCCGGACCUGAGAGUUUGGAAGGUUGUCCUGUUUGUGCUUCUCGUGGCGGACUUGGGGCACUUGUUUUCCAUGAGUGAACUGGGCACAGGGAUUUACUGGGAUGUUAAAUCGUGGAAUGCGAGCGAUUGGGGAAAUGUCCCUUGGGUUUAUGCUGGUAUGACUUUGAGGAUUUGCUUCUUGAUGGGUUUUGGUCUGGGAGAGUCGAGGGUUCUGAAGAGGAGGAUUUAG